AUGGGAAUAUUCAGUAGUCUAGACGCCUCCAUAGAUGGAGAUGAAUAUAUUCAAAAAUUAGCCACUUAUAUACGUAAAAAUGAGGAAUCAUUAGCCAAUGGAUUAUUAUGUUUUAGUAAAAUUCAAGAAAAUCAAUCAAAUUUAAAUAAAAUCAAACCAUUAAGAUUAAGUUUCACUUUGCAUCAUUUAUAUUAUAUUAUUGAAAGAAUUGAUAGAUCAUCAUUAGAUGUUGAUGUUGGUCCUUUAAAUAUUAAAUCAGAUAAUCCAAAUCAUGAACCAACAUUUAUAUCAUUUAUGGCUAAUAAAUCUAAAUCAUUAAAUGGUCAUUUUGAUAGUGAUAAUAGAUCAAUAACUUCAAUUGAUUCAGUUAGAUCUAUUGUUUCUAAUGCAUCAUUUUAUUGGCGAUCAUUUAGAGUUAGUAAAGAUCCUAAAGUUAUUAAUAAAGAUAUUAAAUAUUUAUAUUCUUCAUUCACAAAAAUUCCUUGUUUAAUUUUUAAUCCUAAAACAAAAAUUAAUACCAUUAGUUCUUAUGAAGAAUAUCCUUGUGAUACUUCUAUACCAAUUCAAAUGUUUAAAAAUUUACAAGUUUUAGAAAUUAUAGAUUAUGAUCCUAAUGAAAUUUUUGGUUGGCAUAUAUUAAGUGAACAAUUAAGAAUAUUAAUUAUUCGUAAAGCUAAUAUUACUAGUAUUGAAGAAGUAAUGUUUCAAUUAGUAGAAGAUGAUUCAUUAGGUAGACAAAGUUUUAAUUCAACUUCUUCAUCAUUAUCAUCAUUUAAUUCUACUGGUAUUAGUCGUGCUAAUACUAUUACUACUACUACUACUGCUACUGCUACUGCUACUACUACUGCUACUACAACUACUACUACUACUACCACUACAAAUUCUACUAUUCCUGAAAAUGCAUCAUUUUAUAAUAAUAAAUUUAGAGCCAAAAAACCUUAUACUAAUGGUUUAGAAAGGAUAACAUCUCGUCAUAGUACAGGAAGAAAUAAAUCUACUUCCGUUUCAGCUUCAGCUUCAGCUUCUUCUUCUUCAUCAACUUCUCGUCAUGAUACAAGAUGGUCUUUAUUAAAACAAUUGACAAUUUCAGAAACUUCAAUAUCUAAUAUUAAUCGACAAUCAUUUAAAAAUUUAACUAAUUUAGUGAAAUUAAAUUUAUCAAAUAAUUUAUUACAAUCAGUUCCUCAAGGUUUAGAACAAUUAAUUAAUCUUAGAUAUUUGAAUUUAGCUGAUAAUAAAAUAACUAAUUUAAAAGGAGUGGAAAAUUUAAUAUCAUUAAUAAAACUUGAUAUAAGGAAAAAUCCUAUUAAUAAUUUACAACCAUUAAUUAAACUUGCCACUAAAACUCAUUAUCAAGUAUAUAUAUCAUCAACAUCGGCAUUGGCAUCGGCAUCAACAUUGGCAUCAACAUCGACAUUGGCAUCGACAUUGGCAUUUUCUUCUUCUUCUUCAUCAUCAAUUCCGAUAGAUUCUAUGAAAUUAUUGGAAUUGGAAAUUAGUUUACGUCAAAAAAUUAAAAAACAUCAAUCAUUAUCACAAAAUGUAAUAUCAACUAGUAAUUAUAAUUCACUGAAAUUGAAACUGAAUCUGAAUCCAAAAUUACAAUUACAAUUACUGUCAACUUCAAAACCACACAAUAAUAAUAAUAAUAAUAAUAAUAAUAAUAAUAAUAAUAAUAAUAAUGGGGAUUUCAAUAAUACCAAUAAUAUAACUACUAGUAGUAGUAGUAGUAGUAGUAGUAAUAUUGGUUCUGUGAAUAAUUCUCCAGAUAAAUCAAACAUCAACAUCAACAUCAACUCCAACUCCAAUUCUAAUUCCAAUUCCAAUUCCAAUUCCAAUUCCAAUUCUAAUUCUAAUUCUAAUUCUAAUUUUAAUUCUAAUUCCAAUAAUCAAAAUUCAACCAAUAUCAACAACUCACUUUCUUCAAAACUGAUAUUGACAAAUACAAAUAAUAAUUCUUCUCCUUCUUUUGAAACCACCAUUGAUAAAAAACCUACAACUACAACUACAACUACAACCACCACCACAACCACCACCACUUCUGGUACGAAAAGUCCGAGAUUUUCACUGCAAUUCAUGCAUCAUUUAAAUGAUUCUAAUAAUUCAAUUCCUUCAAAUAAUUCAAUUAAACGAUCAACAACAUCAACAACAACAUCAUCAACCUUAAUUGAUCAUGAACAUAACCACAACAAUAACAACAAUAGCAACAAUGGUAAUACUAAUACUAAUAGCAAUAGUAAUAGUAAUAGUGCUGCUCCUAAUAUUGUUACAACGGUUCAAGUUACAGUUCAUAUGAGUUCAUAA